GUCUGUUCGGGGUUUCUAUAUCUUCCUAUUUUAAGCUUGGAAGGAUCGCGCCUUCGUCAGGAGGACUCGCCGCCGCGCAUCGUGGAGCACCCCUCCGACGUGAUCGUGUCCAAGGGUGAGCCCACCACGCUGAACUGCAAGGCCGAGGGCCGGCCGGCGCCCACCAUCGAGUGGUACCGCGAUGGCGAGCGCGUGGAGACGGACAAGGACGACCCGCGCUCGCACCGCAUGCUGCUGCCCAGCGGCUCGCUGUUCUUCCUGCGCAUCGUGCACGGGCGCCGCAGCAAGCCGGACGAGGGCAGCUACGUGUGCGUGGCCAGGAACUACCUGGGCGAGGCGGCCAGCCGGAACGCGUCCCUGGAGGUGGCAUUGCUGCGUGACGACUUCCGGCAAAACCCCACGGACGUCGUGGUGGCAGCGGGAGAGCCCGCCAUCUUGGAGUGCCAGCCGCCCCGUGGACACCCUGAGCCCACCAUCUACUGGAAAAAAGACAAAGUUCGAAUCGAUGACAAAGAAGAGAGAAUAAGUAUCCGUGGUGGGAAACUGAUGAUCUCCAACACCAGGAAGAGUGACGCUGGGAUGUAUAUCUGUGUGGGCACCAACAUGGUGGGGGAGAGAGACAGCGACCCAGCGGAGCUGACGGUCUUUGAACGACCCACGUUUCUCAGGAGGCCGAUUAACCAGGUGGUGCUGGAGGAAGAGGCUGUGGAAUUUCGCUGUCAGGUCCAGGGAGACCCCCAGCCCACCGUGCGGUGGAGGAAGGAUGACGCGGACGUGCCCAGAGGAAGGUAUGACAUCAAAGACGAUUACACACUGAGGAUUAAGAAGGCCGUGAGCACAGAUGAAGGCACCUACACUUGCAUUGCCGAGAACCGGGUUGGGAGGGUGGACGCCUCUGCCACCCUCACCGUCCGAGCUCGCCCUGUGGCCCCUCCACAGUUUGUGGUUCGGCCGAGAGAUCAGAUUGUGGCUCAAGGUCGAACGGUGACCUUCCCCUGUGAAACGAGAGGGAACCCACAGCCGGCGGUGUUCUGGCAGAAGGAAGGCAGCCAGGACGCCGGCUACUACAUCUGCCAGGCCCUGACGGUGGCCGGGAGCAUCCUGGCCAAGGCGCAGCUGGAGGUCACUGACGUUUUGACAGACAGACCUCCACCCAUAAUUCUACAAGGCCCAGCCAACCAAACGCUGGCAGUGGAUGGCACAGCCUUGCUGAAGUGUAAAGCCACGGGCGACCCUCUUCCUGGAAUCAGCUGGUUGAAGGAGGGAUUUACUUUUCUGGGCAGAGACCCAAGAGUGACCAUACAAGAUCAAGGGACGCUGCAGAUUAAGAACUUGCGGCCCUCGGAUACCGGCACCUAUACCUGUGUGGCCACGAGUUCCAGUGGGGAGACCUCCUGGAGUGCAGUGCUGGAUGUGACAGAAUCUGGAGCAACGAUCAGUAAAAAUUAUGAUUUAAACGACCUGCCAGGGCCACCAUCCAAGCCGCAGGUCACUGAUGUUACUAAGAACAGUGUCACCUUGUCCUGGCAACCAGGUACCCCUGGAACGCUUCCAGCAAGUGCAUAUAUCAUUGAGGCCUUCAGCCAAUCGGUGAGCAACAGCUGGCAGACGGUGGCCAACCACGUGAAGACCACCCUCUACACCGUGAGGGCCCUGAGGCCCAACACCGUCUACCUGUUCAUGGUCAGAGCCAUCAACCCCCAGGGGCUCAGCGACCCCAGCCCCAUGUCGGACCCUGUGCGCACCCAAGAUAUCAGCCCGCCAGCACAAGGAGUGGACCACAGACAAGUGCAAAAGGAACUAGGGGACGUCCUUGUUCGUCUCCAUACUCCAGUGGUGUUGACGCCCACCACUGUCCAGGUCACGUGGACGGUGGACCGCCAGCCUCAGUUCAUCCAGGGCUACCGGGUCAUGUACCGCCAGACGUCGGGCCUGCAGGCCACAUCUGCGUGGCAGAACCUGGAUGCCAAAGUCCCCACAGAGCGCAGUGCUGUCCUGGCCAACCUGAAGAAGGGCGUGGCUUACGAGAUCAAGGUCCGCCCCUACUUUAAUGAGUUCCAAGGAAUGGACAGCGAGUCCAAAACAGUUCGCACGGCCGAGGAAGCCCCAAGCGCCCCUCCGCAGUCGGUCGCGGUGCUGGCGGUGGGAAGCCACAACAGCACCAGCAUCAGUGUGUCCUGGGACCCGCCCCCCGCAGACCACCAGAACGGCGUGAUCCAGGAGUACAAGAUCUGGUGUCUGGGAAACGAGACGCGGUUCCACAUCAACAAGACCGUGGACGCAGCCAUUCGCUCUGUCAUCAUUGGUGGCCUGUUCCCAGGUAUUCAAUACCGGAUAGAGGUCGCAGCCAGCACCAGCGCCGGGGUUGGCGUCAAGUCCGAGCCGCAGCCCGUCAUCAUCGGGAGACGCAACGAGGUUGUCAUCACCGAAAACAACAACAGCAUCACCGAGCAGAUCAGCGACGUGGUGAAGCAGCCGGCCUUCAUCGCCGGCAUCGGCGGGGCCUGCUGGGUGAUCCUGAUGGGCUUCAGCAUCUGGCUGUACUGGCGGAGAAAGAAGAGAAAGGGCCUUAGUAACUAUGCUGUGACAUUUCAAAGAGGGGAUGGAGGACUUAUGAGCAAUGGAAGCCGUCCGGGACUUCUGAAUGCCAGUGAUCCCAGCUACCCAUGGCUUGCUGACUCGUGGCCGGCCACAAGCUUGCCAGUCAACAACAGCAACAGUGGUCCGAAUGAGAUUGGAAACUUCGGCCGUGGAGACGUGCUGCCGCCCGUCCCAGGCCAGGGGGACAAGAGUGCCACCAUGCUGUCCGAAGGGGCCAUCUACAGCAGCAUCGACUUCACCACCAAGACCACCUACAACAGCUCCAGCCAGAUCACGCAGGCCACGCCGUAUGCCACCACGCAGCUCCUGCACUCCAGCAGCAUCCACGAGCUGGCCGUGGACCUGCCCGACCCGCAGUGGAAGAGCUCCGUCCAGCAGAAGACCGACCUCAUGGGCUUUGGCUACUCGCUGCCCGACCAGGGCAAGGGCAACAACGCCUUGCUUUACAUCCCUGACUACCGACUGGCCGAGGGCCUGUCCAAUAGAAUGCCACACAACCAGUCUCAGGAUUUCAGCACCACCAGCUCCCACAACAGCUCAGAGAGGAGUGGCAGUCUCUCAGGUGGGAAAGGCGGAAAAAAGAAGAAGAACAAAAACUCCUCCAAAGCACAGAAGAACAACGGAUCGACCUGGGCCAACGUCCCGCUGCCUCCUCCCCCCGUGCAGCCCCUCCCGGGGACGGAGCUGGAGCAUUAUGAGCAGACGGAAAACGGCUACGACAGCGACAGCUGGUGUCCGCCGUUGCCAGUGCAGACAUACCUACACCAAGGCCUGGAAGACGAGCUGGAGGAGGACGAGGACAGGGUCCCGACGCCACCCAUCCGCGGCGUGGCUUCGUCUCCCGCCGUGUCCUUUGGGCAGCAGUCCACGGCGACGCUCACCCCGUCGCCGCGGGAGGAGGGGCAGCCCAUGCUACAGGCGCACCUGGACGAGCUCACGAGGGCCUAUCAGUUCGACAUGGCGAAGCAGACGUGGCACAUUCAAAGCAAUAAUCAGCCUCCACAGCCCCCAGUUCCGCCCCUUGGCUACGUGUCCGGAGCCUUGAUGUCGGACGUGGAGACAGAUGUCCCGGACGAUGAUGUCGACGACGAGGAGGAAGCCCUGGAGAUGCCCCGGCCCCUGCGAGCCCUGGACCAGACGCCCGGAUCCAGUGUGGACAAUCUCGACAGCUCCGUGACAGGAAAAGCCUUUCCCUCCUCUCAGAGACCUCGACCCACCAGCCCGUUUUCUGCAGAUGGUAACACCAGUGCAGCCCCGAGUCAAAAUCCGAGACCUCGGCCCUCCAAAAAACACAAGGGUGGGCGGAUGGACCAACAGCCAGCAUUGCCUCACCGAAGGGAAGGAAUGACAGAUGAUCUUCCGCCACCACCAGACCCCCCACCAGGUCAGGGUUUAAGGCAGCUCGUAGGCCCCAGCCAGCAGGCUGCCGGCACGGACCCCGCAGCCGAGGGGCGAGGAGCCUCCCUAGAGGGACAGCCCGCGUCCCACGUGGAAGACACAGACGGCUCCCUGGACGCUGCAGCUAGAGCCUCCCUAGAGUGGCCGCGGCACGCACAGGAGUGGACACGCGCCGCAGACCGCCAGGACGAUGUCCGAAAGGCCCCACACAAGCCAGGUGCCGGCCCAGACGAGACCUUGGUCCCCUACAGCAAGCCCAGCUUCCCCUCUCCGGGCGGCCACAGUUCCUCGGGCACGGCCUCCUCUAAAGGCUCCACUGGCCCCAGGAAAGCGGAGCCCUUGCGAGGCGGUCCCCCGCGCAGCGUCGGUGACCUUCUUGACAUGGGCUACGUGGGCCCCAGCGGCCAAGGACAGUUUACAGGUGAAUUAUAGUAACCGAGAGAAGACACACAAAGCUGCUCCGAAGGGCCGCCGGGUCCCAACUCACGGAAGUGAUGUCACACCCAGUGCAAUGAACAAUGUCCUUAUUUAUGUACUAUGAACGAACUGUAAAUGCAAUGGCAGAGACUCACAGCCACACAGAUCCCACAGAUGUUUUCCUCGUGUUCUUCUCUAAGUACACCACCCACCUUAACUCUUUCUUGUCAGGAGUCCAGAAAAAGCAGGAAAGCAGAACUCACCCUCCAGGAAGAAAAGGAUUUCCUCUGUAUAUAAUUUCUUUGUGCGUUGCUAUGCAAGCUCACCCUCUCUGGCUCUGUUCAUACUCUUGUCUGUCCUUAUUGGUCUGUUGUACUCUAUGUGAAUUCAUAGGCUGUGGUGCCAUAUAUUAACUUUUACUUGUGUGACUUUUAUGUUUAGAUUUUGCACUGCGAUUUUCUUUGGUGAUAAGCACAAAUCUCUACUCCUCGUGACAUGAAGACAAAGACUGAAUGUGAAGGGAGUUUCUGGACUGUGAGCUGGUGGGCGGACGCGGGUCGUGACCCAUCCCGCAGAGGGUUUUACUGGCGGGUAGAGACAGCGAGAUGCAAAGGAGCGAGGGUGUUGGCAAGUCUUCUCUGAGUAUCAGGGACUGAGUGCGUGAAAAUCAAACCAGAAAGGGGGCUGUUGCUACUGACAAAAGCAGGGCUCAUAGGCAGGAAGUUGAAGUCUCAAGGCUGAAGAUGCGUUGAAAUACACAGGUAGCAAAGAUGUGCUAAACUUGCUAAAAAAAGACAUGAAAGUUUUACUUAGCAUUGACUGUACCUCUCAUUGUAACUGACCCAUCUAAGAAUGCCAGCAAGCAAAAGGAAGCUAAAUUAAGGUGUUUCGCAGGAACCGUAUUUGUAGUACAGGUUUUUAAAAGAAUUUUCCGAAUUAACAUAAUUAAUCACUGCAACUCUUUACGUCAGAAUGUCAUAGGAGGGUCCCUAAGGAAAGAAGCAAAACGAACUCCAGAAUAUCCGGCAAAUAGUCAAAGAAGCAAUUUGUUGCUAGGGCAUACUUGGGCUGCUCCGAAUACACACUCUAUUGCAGUCUCUUGUUUCUUCUCUCGAAUGCACGUGCAGCCCAUGUGGAGCGGGGAGCCAUGCCCCUCAAACCCUCGACUCUGUGGCAAGAACACAGUCUAGAGGCAGGCCUGUGUUUUAUUUGAUUAAGAAGCGGAGCUUAGGCCUUCAGAUGGGUAGCCACCUCUGCACGUGCUCACAAAGCAGUGCUCGGACUAUGUUCUGUUCACAGAGAGCCGAUUUAUUGGAAUGAGUAUUCUAUGGUACAUUCUCAGAAAUUGGCUACCAGCUCAAAUACAUCUGACCCACUUUGGGUAAGUUGAAAAGAAAAAUUAAAAGGGAGAAAAAUGCAUGUUUAUAAACUUUUUAAAUAAAACCAAACCUUGUAAGUGGACAUGAA